CCUUCCACGUGCACCACUGCCUCUUCCCUUCUCGCUUGGGAACUCUAGUCUCGCCUCGGGUUGCAAUGGACCCCAACUGCUCCUGCGCCGCUGGUGUCUCCUGUGCCUGCGCCGGCUCCUGCAAGUGCAAAGAGUGCAAAUGCACCUCCUGCAAGAAGAGCUGCUGCUCCUGCUGCCCUGUGGGCUGUGUCAAGUGUGCCCAGGGCUGCAUCUGCAAAGGGGUGUCAGAGAAGUGCAGCUGCUGUGCCUGAUGUUGGGACAGCCCUCCCAAGUACAAAUAGAAUGACCUGUAAAAUCCAGGAUUUUUGUUUUUUGAUACAAUCUUGACCCAUUUGCUACAUUCCUUUUUCUGUGAAAUAUGUGAAUAAUAAUUAAACACUUAGACUUGA